AUGCCGACCCUUGUCAAUUACGAAGCCACCCAAGGGACUGACAAGAACAGUCAUUACGAAAGCAGUGAUAGCAGCUCUGAUGAAGAAAGCAACGAUUCAUUUUCAGCUUCCAACACUACUCCCAAGAAGUAUCCUUUGACAGACAACAACAAUGGUACCAACAACUAUUCUUCACCAGAGUCGUCCAUGGCAUCAUCGCCAGCCGCAGCAGCUACUAUGUCCUCUCCAGCGAAUACAAACACUGUGUCAUCUCAAUGGCAACUCUUUGCGCAAAAGGAAUCCAAUCUGGAAGCCUUGCUGCAGCAUUCUUUUGAUAAGAUUUCCGAAUUGAUGGUUUCGGCGUCUCAUUUGAAAACUUGCAUCCAGAGAAAUACUGCUAAUAAUAAUUAUAAUAUUGCUGCCCAGCAAGAAGGACAGUCACGACAAGAUGGUACUACAAUACAAGGUGACGAAGACAACGAUCCGAACGGGCAAGUUUCGAAUGGAAACGAGGACAACUCGACUUCCUCUGCGGCCAUCAUUCGUCAAGUUGUGGCCAAGGAAAAGGCUGCUAAUGCCCUCUUGAAGCAAGAAUACGCAAUCUUGGAAUCCAAGCACAAAGACUCACAAAUGCAAAUUGAACAUUUGAAGGAGACUAUUUCGAAACAACAAGAUGAAAUACAUCAAACCGAAAAGGAGGUCCAGCAAGCCCACCAAGAGACUCAAAAGUACCAAGCUCAAGCCAAGACCAGCCAAAACAAACACGAAGCCUUGGCCAUGCAAUUGCACAAUUUACAAGUCGUCGUCCAAGAAACCAAAAAGUCUUCACAGCUACUCCUAGAUCAACAAGACGAGUUGACGCACAUGGCUCGAUCCAUGGAAGAACAGUACUUUCAAACUCAAGCUACCAAUAUGCAACAGCAACGCCAGCACUCCCACUUACAACAAGAACACCAAGCAUUGUUGCAAGACAAGGAAAAGUUGCAAAACCGAGUCAAACAUCUCCAAAAUGAUCUAAAGGCCAAGGAACGACAAAUUCAGCAACAUUGGCAGCAGUCCGUCAAGACGCUGGAACAAAAACAAGUCUGGAAUGUCCAGCGAAUUGAAGCACUCGAAGAUGAACUACAAGAGUCUAAAACCUUGACCUUGCAAGCAUUGACGACUACUCAAAAGUCGGAAGCCACUUCACAGCAACUCCAAACAGAACUUGCUACUUUGCAAUCUACCCUAGACGAAUGUCAACAAGAGUACAAGUCCCAACAAGAGCAGCUCCAAGCUCAACUCGACGAGAGUCGUCAAAAGUGUCAAUCCAAAGAGCAUUCCAAUCAAAAGCUGGUGGCUCAAAUGAAGCAAGUCCAGCAUCAAGGUCAAGAUUUUCGAUUGGAACUCCAAGCCAUGGAACAGAUCUUGAAAGAACAGCACAAGCGCCGCAACAAGGGAGGCAGCACUACCAGCAUUAUUUCUCCAGCAACCAAUUCGAAUACCACCACCAACCAACAACAAGUAUUGUGUGCUGAAAAGUGUCGUGCCUGCCAAUUGCCCUAUGCCCUUGGAUUGCCCCAACAUUAUGCUACGACUACUAGCCCUACCAAUCAUCAUCCCAAUGCUGCCAAGACAAAUACCAAGACCAUUACUCCCACCACUGCUGCUCCCACCAAGGCCGCCACUUUUCGCCUUGUCCAAUCAACAUCGGCUACAACAACAACAACUACUAGUCCAUUAUACGUGUGUCUUCAUUGUGUCCAAGCCAUUGCCCAGCCCAUUUUUGCGAGCAUUAGUAGCAAAAAGAAGAAUGGCGGAAAGUCCAGCAGUCGUGGUCGCAAGCGUCGAUCGGCGCCAGGAGAAAAGAGAGAUGGUACGAAAAAGGUGGCCCCGGAUGUUUCUGGCAUCGGCAACGGUGACAAACAAGCUGUGGGUCCCAUACCGGGUGGUGAUGAUGGAACAAACAAUAGUAGCAAGAAGCACUUUUCUACGACGGAGGCAGCAGAAUCAAUGGUUCCAUCUACUGGUACUGGUGCUGAUGCUGCCAAGGUAGCCACGAAUGGUCAGGAAGCUUCUCUUCAUCUUUCGCCCAAGACUCGGCUUACCUCAGCUGUGGCGCGAAUGGUGGGGCCACCUUCGAGUAACCAAGUAAUAUCGAAAUGA